AUGCUGCGCAAAACACGUACGGGGACGUGGUUGCCCGCGUGGGUGCCAGAAUCCACUUGGAUCUUGUCCUUUCUCCUCAUCGUUUGCUCGUUUGUGCAAUCGUGUACGGUGGGCUAUGAUACUGCAUUGCUCAACGCUCUCAACAUCUUGCCUGCAUACAAAGAUUACUUUCGAUUGAAUGCAGCAACGACGGGCCUGAACACUGCUUCCAUCUUCAUUGGCGGCAUUCUUGGACCUACGUUCUCGGGCGUAGCAGCGGACAGGCUCGGGAGAAGACCAGCCAUGUUCUGGAGCAGCCUUAUAGCCAUUGUCGGUGCUGUGAUGCAAACGGCCGCGCAGAAUAUCGCCAUGUUCGUCGUUGGUCGCAUCAUUAUCGGACUCGGGGCUUCUGCUUCCGGAAUUGCUGGAGGCGUCUACCUCUCCGAAACCUUUCACAGUCGGUUCCGAGCAUGGGGUGUGGGCUCCCUCAACGACUUUUAUUGGAUUGGCGCAAUCAUGGCGGCCGGGAUUACUCUCGGAACGAGUACUUGGACCUCUUCUUGGGCGUGGCGAGCGCCGUCGCUCAUCCAAGGCAUCUUCUCUCUGCUUUGCAUUCUCAUCUUGCCGUUCGUUCCGGAAAGCCCGCGUUGGCUUCAGUACCAGGGCCACUCGGACGAGGCCCGCCUCGCUGUGGCACAAACCAAUGCCGAUAGCGAUGUAUCCGAUCCGGUUGUGGCCACCAUCUACAAAGAGAUUUUGGAAUCCCUGAACUUGGAAAAGGGACGCCAGAGACCCGUCGUGGAGAUUUUCAAGGACCCGGUUGUGCGGAGGAGGUUCCUGAUCGGAACUUCUGUAGGGCCACUGUCCACCGUGGUUGGGAAUCUCAUCGCUCUUUUUUACCUGGGGCCAGAGCUGAACAGUGCUGGAAUCACCGACAGUCGCACCCAGCUACACGUCAACGUUGUUCUGAACGCUUGGUGUCUGGUUUGUUGCCUGUUCGGCACAUUCCUGGUAUCUUCUUGGGGUCGCCGUCCAACAGUUAUCGCUGGCCAGAGCUUGCUUACCGCCUGCCUUUUUAUCAUUGGAGGUCUAUCGAAGGUAUAUGCUGAAAAUGGCCUGAAUGGUACCUCCAACAGCGUUAUAUAUGGCAACGUCGCGGUCAUUUUCUUGUUCCAGGGUUUCUACUCCCUGGCCUGGACACCCGUCACCUACCUCUAUCCGACUGAGGUCAUGAAUUACAGUAUACGAGCCAACGGCCUAGCUUUCUCUUCAUUGAUGCUGAGUAGCCUGACAUUAUUGCUGGUAUUUAUCAUGCCAAUCGCUUUGGAGAGCAUUGGUUGGAGGAUGUACAUUGUCAACGGAAGCUGGGACAUCAUUGUACUUCUCAUUGUGAUACUUUUCUGGGUUGAGACGAAAGGUAAAACGCUCGAAGAAAUCGAUGCCAUAUUUGACGGAGGAGGGCAAUACUUGAAUUCUUCGGAUAUUGAAGAAAUCUGCCGCGGAGAGAAGACUAUCAGUACGGUCGAAGUAAAGAAAUAGCUUGGAUGGGACAAUAAGGAAAGUUCGAUGGCAAGUUUAUUUGGCAGUAUCUGAGAAAAGGGGCAAUGCCGAAGACGU